AUGCGCGGGAUGUCGAUGAUCGGGUGGCCGACCUACAUGGAGCAGAGAAUGAAUAGGGUGUUCACGGUGGAGAAGAUGGGUGUAGCGCUGCCGCUGGAUGACAUGGACGACGAGUUCGUUGUGGCGGUGGAGGAGAAAAAUUGGGUAAAAUUGUUAUUGUUCGUGCAAGAUGGAAAUAAUGACUUUAGGCAUAAACUGACCGAAGAGUUUCGAAAAAGGGGACUGAUGGUUCAUGGUGAAACUGGAGAAUCUGUCAUGGUCUCUAUCCCAUUUCAGGUCACCUUACAAAUGCUAACAUUUCUGGAUUUUAGGCUUUCGGAUCUGAGAAAGUUUUGUUACAUUGUAUCUGGUUGGUAG